GAGUAAACAGUCGCCAUUUCUCGAAAGUAAGAAAGAGCAGAAAGUGUGGCGGACAGUUCGUUCACAUCGGCAGAGAAACCAACCCCUACCAACUCUUAAAUUAAACACCGUAUCUAAGCUCUCAGUUACCGGCUUUCUUCCCUGACUGCUGUACAAUAGAUGUGAUAUUUCAGCCGGAGUUUAUGAGGGCGGUGAGUAACGUUAAGGGCACAGCUGCAGAAAAACAGCCCUCCCCUGAAAAAUGAUCAUUGAAAACCUCGAUGCCUUGAAGACAUGGCUCUCGAAGACUCUUGAACCCAUAUGUGAUGCUGACCCUUCUGCUCUUGCGAAAUAUGUGGUUGCCUUGGUGAAGAAAGACAAAUCCGAGAAGGAGUUGAAAGCACUAUGCAUUGACCAGUUGGAUGUAUUCCUUCAGAAAGAGACACAGAUAUUUGUGGAUAAACUUUUUGAAGCUGUGAAUGCAAAGAGCUACCUACCUCAACCAGAGCAUCUGACUUCCACAAGCAGAACCGAACCUCACCAGCGCACUGAGAAAGAUGAAUCAAAGAGAGAGGAGCUCAGCCGAGAUGAGGAUCGAGAAAAGAAAUUCACCCGGAGAAUAAACCACAGUCCUCCGUCGAGCUCCAGGUACAGCCGUGACAGCAGGAGAAUAGAUGAGCGCAAGAAAGAUGACCGCACCAGGAAACGAGAGUAUGACCGUAACCCACCCAGAAGGGACUCUUACCGAGAACGCUACAACCGCAGAAGAGAACGCAGUCGCAGUUUCACUCGGAGUCGCAGUCGCAGCUGGAGUAAGGACCGCACUCGUGACAGAGAAAGAGAUCGGGAUCGAGACCGGGACCGCAGCAGAUCGCGAACUCGCUCACGGACUCGCACCAGGAGCAGAAGCAGAGAGCGAGAUUCUGCAAAGGCAAAAUACGACCACAGCCGUCCUGAACGUCAGGAGGGCCCGACCGCCGACGGCUACACCGCCACACCUCUCACACCCGGGACCACCACUGCUCAUUUCCCAGUGCCCACCCUCAGUAGCACCAUCACUGUCAUCGCCCCCACACACCAUGGGAACAACACCACUGAGAGCUGGUCAGAAUUCCCACAGGACCUCGCGCCGUUCAGCAGGGCCGGUCCACCAAGGAAACGCUGUCGUGAUUAUGAUGAGAAAGGCUUCUGUAUGCGAGGAGACAUGUGUCCUUUCGAUCAUGGAAGUGAUCCAGUGGUGGUGGAGGAUGUUAAUCUUCCCAGCAUACUACCUUUCCAGCCUCCGCCUCUUCCGGGAGUGGAUGGCCCGCCUCCUCCGGGUCUGCCACCCCCUCACUCACUCCUGACUCCACCAGUGAACCUCAGACCACCUGUGCCUCCACCGGGCACCAUGCCUCCCAGUCUACCACCUGUAGCAGGUCCUCCUCCUCCUCUUCCUGCCCUGCAGCCCUCUGGUAUGGACGCCCCUCCGAACUCCAUGACCAGCUCUGUGCCGACUAUAGUCACGUCAGGGAUCCGGCCUCCGAUCACCCAACCUCCACCACCCCUGUUCACAUCAGACUCAUUUGAGCCAGACGUGUAUAAUCCUGAAGCCCCAAGCAUGACCUCGCGGCCCAUGUACAGACACCGAGUCAACGCUCAGCGGCCCAAUCUGAUUGGUCUGACCAUGGGUGAGGUGGAUCUGCCCCACAGAGAGAAAAUGUCAAACAACAACAGCACUCGGAUAGUUUUAGAAUCAGACUCCAGGAAGAGAGGAGCAGGACCACAUGAUGGAGCGAUUCUUGCUAAGAAACCCUGGUUUGACAAACCAAACUUCAACAAACCCAACCACCACGGCUUUCAAAGAAAAGUGCCCUACUCUGUAAUAAACACCAAACUGGCCAUCCGUCAGAUUCCUCAUGAGCUCAACAACAUCAGCAAACUUAAUGAGCAUUUCAGCAAGUUUGGAACCAUAGUCAAUCUCCAGGUGGCGUAUAAUAAUGACCCAGAGGGGGCGCUGAUCCAGUUUGCUUCCCCUGAAGAAGCCAAGCGGGCCAUGCAGAGCACAGAGGCGGUACUCAACAACCGCUUCAUCAGAGUACACUGGCACAGAGAGGACACAGUGGAACACGUGCACACCACGCCACAUCCGAGCAUACAGUCUCCCCAGGAGCCUGCAGGGACCACACUGAAACAGUCAGUGAAAGACCGGCUCGGACCCGUACCCACAGCUCACCCUGAGCCCUCACAGGUUCCCAACGUCCCUCCGCAGAAUACAACCAAAGCUUCAGUGAAGGAGCGCCUGGGCUUCGCUAAACCAGCUGGCCUCGGAGGAAAGGUCUUUUCCACAUCUACUGGCCUGACUAAGACUGUUUAUAACCCUGCUGCACUGAAAGCUGGCCAGAAGGGGGUGCCAUUUGGGACUAGGGUCAGCACUGAAGAUGCCCUGAAAAGAAAACAGGAGGCGCUGAAGCUUCAGCAGGACGUCAGAAAAAAGAAACAGGAGAUUUUGGAGAAGCACAUUCAGACUCAGAAGCUGCUGAUAUCUAAGCUAGAGAAGAACAAGUCCAUGAAGGUGGAGGAUAAAGCUCUGAUCAUGCAGACCCUCACCACCCUCACCAACAGCAUCACCAAACUCCAGGAGGAGAUAAAAGGACUGUCCAGUGCUCACGUCCUGAAGACCACUGUCAAGAGCAAAGCCCAGGCCCAGAAGGAGCUCCUGGACACAGAGUUGGACCUUUAUAAGAAAAUACAGGCAGGAGAGGAUACUGCCGAACUCAAGAUUAAAUACACUCAGCUGCAGUUAGAGGCGGCCAAAAGGGGGCUUUUGACCUCAGGACGUGGGAGGGGGGCCCACUCCAGGGGUCGUGGGUCCAUGAGGAGCCGCGGCCGAGGGAUUCGAGGGCGUGGGAGAGGAGCUCCAAAUCACGCUGUGGUGGAUCAUCGACCCAAAGCUUUAGAGAUCAGCGGUUUCACUGAGGCGGAUCGAGUCGACCUGCUGCCGCACUUCGCACAAUAUGGGGAGAUUGAAGAUUGCCAGAUGGAGGAUUCUAGUCUUAGUGCCAUCAUUACGUACAAAAGCCGUGCAGAGGCUGAACAGGCGGCCAUCCACGGUAUUCGGUUAAAUAAUCAGGAGCUGCGUUUGGCCUGGCACAAGCCCCCGGCUUCCCUCAACACAACAGACCUGGAUGAGGCUGAACCUGAGGAUGAGGAGUUCCCAGAGGAUUCGCUCGUGGACGAUUCCCUGCUGCAGGACGAUGAUGAAGAGGAAGACGAUAACGAGUCGCGCUCAUGGCGCAGAUGAAGAUGAAGUCUUCUGUCCGGUCCUGCUGCAGUGCACCACUCUUGAGUUCUGUUUUUGAAAUGGUUGUUUUUAAAAUUAUAAUUUACAUUUUUAUUUGACUUAUCAAACCCGAGCAGCACAUGGAGAUCAUCCGUCAAACGGCUGUGAAUUUGAAUAACCGAGUUGUGAAAUUUCAUGAGUAAUUAGUUUUUUCACCCUCAUCGAUUGUUUUGUAUCGUGUCAACAUUGACUAACUUCUGCUCUUAUUUUUGUUUUUUAUGGUCAGUAUGUUGACCCAAAUUUCUUUUGAACACUUCUGAAAAUGUUACAGUUUGAAAGUAAUAAUGGAGAAUGUUUCAAUUUCAAAGACCACAGUAGAGCAUUUUUUUGAAGCUUUGUUAUGAAAUAUGUUGUACGCUUUCCUUAGUAUAAUCAGCCUGAUGAGGAUGUAGCUUUUGUGUACAUAUUUUAUGUAUGGAUUUUAAUGGUUUGAGUGAAUUCUUUGCUUCUGAAUUCAUCACCUGAGUUUAAUUUUGAAAUGUAAAAAAAAAUAAAGAACUGAAAUGGUCUAGAAAAAAUAACAGCUGUAAAAAAAAAAGAAAAAAAAAGAAAAAAUAUUGAGAGCUCUGCUGCAAAAGCAGCAUUGAGAACAAAAAAAAAUAAAUCUGAACAGCUGAAUAAAGACCAUUUCAACCCCCCCACCCCCAAAUCUUCACAAAAAGAGCAAAUUUCCUAAAUUCGUCAUGCACUACAGUACCUGCAGGUAUGUAGCAGCAACAAUGAACAGCAAAGUGAGGUAAGCAAAAUGAUUUCACAAAGUCUUUAUUUUUUGUUGACUAACUGUAACUGUUGUGCAUUUCUGCCCAUUAGGCCAUGUGUGAUGAUAUAGCAAUACAAUUAUUACUGUUAUGAAUGAAGGUUGCAUUACAUCGGAUCACCGAAGCAUAACAUAUCGGGACACUAAAACCUGUUUUUACAAUAUUUGUUGUACCCUUGACGCCAUCGCACCAUCUUGGUUACUUGUAUCCGGCGCCCCCUACAACCUCCGAGCAUCACAUUUGCAUAGUGGAGAACGAAUUACCCAAUCAGAGCUGUGGCAGUCGGUGAUGUGGCUCUCCCACCUUGGUGCCUGUCAUGGAAACUCAGCUAAUUGUGAAGAAUUGGAUUUGCACUUGGAGUGUGCCGUGAAGCUCGGCUUCACCCCCACCAACUAAACCUCGGCCCGGCCCAGCAAGGGGGCCCUUAAGUGGACCCGAUCCCCCUCCUACACGACCUCAUGCUGCAAUCUUCUCCCAAUCUUCCCUCCGUCCACGGCCGGGACCUGAUCUCACCAUCGCACGGACCUAAAGCAUCCCGUUCAUCAUUGGCACUGGAUUGUUUGCAGCAUCACUUCCUGUCUUCGUCAUUUUGGUCGCUUUAAUCCUGUUGAAAGAUCAAAUUAAAGAAUAUUUUUAAAGAGA